GCGGGAAGGCCAGAGGCUGAUGAGGGCGAAGGCGCCGCCGACUGAGUAGCAGCAUCCAGUCGUGCCUCGUCGUCUCGUGUCGCUUGCUCCUUCUCGUCUUUGCUAUCUCAUCUCAUCUCCAUCGCCAUUUGUCGUCGCCCGCGACACACGCACACAUCAAUUGAGACGGCAGGGCGGCGCUCUCAUCUUUCUAUUCUCCAUCGUCGUCCUCUCUUGUGCAUCACAUAGACGGGCACCAAUCGCUGCUCCCCUAACUCGCGCGGUCCUCCACUCGCGUUCUCCUCCUCCAUCUCCUCCUUCCCUCCUCAUCUCAUCCUCCCAUUCCACAUUUCAUCGGGCCCUGAUCUUCUAUCGCUCUCGCUCCUCGCGUCUGCGUCCUUGUAUCGCCUCAACUCAUGGACUCGCCCUACCUGAGUAGCCACGGCUCUCCGGCUUCUCCUCGUCUCUAUCGCACCGCCGGCUCCUCACCUCAGCAGGCGUUCAGCAACGCCUUCUCUCAGGCGCAGCCCCAAAAUUUCCUCAACGCUUUCCACAACGCUCAACAGCAUCACAACAAUCAUCAGCAGCAAGGUCAAUCCUCCGCUUCGCAGGGAACGCUGCAGGGCAUCCCCAAAUCUGGACCUGCUGCGCUAGACUAUGCCAGUGCUCAGCUAAGCAACUACGCUGCUGCUCAACAGAAUAUGUACAACGGCAGUCCAUCGACCCCUGGUGGAUCAAACGCAAACGCCUCGUCACCCAACGCUAUGGGCUCCUUCCCUCCUCAGCUGUCGCAGCUGCCCCCAGGCAUGGACUUUAGCAGCAUGACGCUGCAUUCGGCCAAUUCGUCAGCGCCGGCCUCGGCAGCUUCGUCCCCUGGUUGGACACAUCGUCGCCUGCCGUCGUCAUCCUCAUCUCAGCAGCAAUCCACUCACACGCACAAUCCACGCAUUGCAGCAUCAGCUGUAACGGGCAAGCGUCUCAAUUGGGGCGAGAUGAUUUGUGCCACCAUCUAUCACUCGGAGCAUGGCAGGCUCGUCAUUCAGGAUUUGUUCGAGCAGAUGUGCAAGCGCUUUCCAGAAGUGCAGGAGUGGUGAGUUGACCAGAUUCCAAAGUGUAGCACUGUGUCGCACCACGAGUUGACAUUCUCCUCCUCCAAUUGUCUCUUCGUAGGGCCUUUGGCAAGGACUGGGAAGCACGCGUUAAGAACCGCAUCAAAUCAACUCU